UCACCCCCUCGUCUCUCUCUCUAAUAUUUUAUAUCCUUCUUCCACUCUCUCUAGUCUUUCAUAUUUUUAGUUUUCCAUUGUCUGUUCCUUAUGUUUUCAUUUUUUAGCUCAUCACUUGCACAUUUGUCUCAUUAAUCUACCACAUAUAUAUAAAUAACUAUGAGCAAGCCGUUCAUCUCUUCUUCAUCUUUCUUCUUAUGUCUUCUGAUUAUAGUUACUAUAAGCAUUGCAGCAGAAUGUAGCAAGAAACCAAACAAGGAUGCCAAGGCUACUACCGGUGGUGGGCAUGAAUUGAAAGUGGAUUACUACUCAAAAUCAUGUCCAAAAGUAGAAAACCUGAUCUCUUCAGUAACCACUGAAAUGUUUAAUACAGCGCCCAUUACUGCUCCAUCGACUAUUCGUCUCUUCUUCCAUGAUUGCUUUGUUGAUGGUUGUGAUGCAUCAGUGUUGAUAACAAGUAAACCAGGGAGUGGAGAUUUAGCAGAACUGGAUGCGCAGGUUAAUAAGAACUUUGCAAAUGAGGCGUUCGUUAGCAUCCAAAAGGCAAAAACUUUGGUUGAAAGCAAGUGUCCAGGUGUUGUGUCUUGUGCAGAUAUUCUUGCCAUUUCAGCACGAAAUUUUGUCAACUUGACUGGAGGACCUUACUAUGAAGUCAAGAAAGGAAGAUGGGAUGGAAAAAUAUCAAUGGCAACUAGGGCGACCUCAAACAUACCAAGACCUAAUAAUACAGUUGAUGAACUUAUCAAUCUCUUUGGUUCCAAGGGAUUGGGUCUCGAAGACUUAGUUGCCCUUUCAGGGGCACACACAAUCGGUUUCGCUCAUUGUAAGAGCUUUCUCCACAGGCUUUAUGAUCACCAGGGAACAAACAAGCCUGACCCAUCCAUCGAUCCAAGACUCCUGAAAGCUUUAAGAACGACAUGUCCACGUUCUGGUGGUAGCAAUAACGUAGUUGCACCGUUCGAUGUUACUACACCCUUUACAUUCGAUUACGAAUAUUACAGGAAUCUGGAAGCGAAAUUGGGUAUUUUACCCACAGAUCAAGCUUUGUUUACGGACCCUAGGACUAGGCCGGUCGUUUUGGAGCUAGGAAGGGAUAAUAAGAAAUUCCACAAGGCAUUUGCCAAGGCAAUGGAGAAAAUGGGUAGCAUAGGAGUCAAAAGAGGAAAGAAACAUGGUGAAAAAAGAAAAGAUUGUAGUCAGCAUAUGUCAUAGACUCAUAGGUAAA